AUGCUCUUCUUAACCAAAGAGGCCAACAAGACAUCGACAACAACUGAUAAGGUUUCUGCGUUGAACUUGAGUCCACUAGUCUCUCCAUUCUCUCUGACUUCCUUGAUCCGUUGGAGUAGACCUCUCAACUCAUUGGAUUCCAUUUCAUUCAAAAAUGACUCCAAACUGAUAAAGAAACGUCUGACUGUUGGGCGUGGAUCCGGAAGCUUUUGCUUCGUGCUGACUCUCGGUACUGGCGCUUUCACAUCUGGGGUCGUUUCAGUGUUAGCAGCUGGAGGGGCUAUCUCAGAUUGGGAAAACUCCGCAGGUGAAGUGGCGAUAGUUUCCUCCUGGAGCUCUGGAUUUACGAUGGCAGGUGGAGCGACAGAACUGACAAGAGAUGCUCUUUGUCCAAACUGUCAACGUAUUCAAUUCGUGAUUCACAUAGUGAAUCCAUAUCUUCUUGAAUUGAUCCUUCUGAAUCCCCAGUGGCGUCAUCUGAAAAUAUGUCAAGUUUCGGGACCGGUAGAAAUGAAAGAAGUUAAUAAUGCUCCAGUAUUGAAUGUCAAGUUCAAAAGUGUUUUCAUUGACGCCUUCUUCAUCAACAUCCAACAUAUGCUGAUCCAGGGACUCCAUAUCCUCCAAGUCUUCAUAGUACUGUUUCCGAAAAAAAUCCAUGUCAAUUUCAUCGACUGCUACAUCGGUUUCUCCUGGAAUCAUAUCAGACUUUUCCACAAUUUCAUUGAGAUCCUCUGGAAUAAGUUCUGUUACGAUGCCAUCAAGACCUUCAUAGAUUUUACUAAAAAUCUCUUUUUUUCCCUCAGAAUCCUUCAUACCUGUAUCCACUUGAUGGUCUUCUUUUGGCAAUUGACAAUCAUCCGAACAGUUCACAUUGAUAGUGUUAUCAGCUCCUUCCAGAACCUCCGAAUCCUCCACGUGCUCAUUCAGUGGGUCCUCCACGUCUUCUGUAUCUCCACUUUUCUCAACAACCUGAUCGGAUUCUGGCUCCUCCUGCAAGUCAUUCAAAUCUUCAUUUCGUCCCACAACUGCUCCAAGUACCUCUUCUUCAUCGGACUCCUCUAA